AUGGCUGUCGGUACGAUUCAGUUGAAAGUUAAGUCUUUCUUCCGUUCAAACUUGAAGAGAAGAAGAAGAUUAAGCAGCCCAUGUUCGGAGUACGAACAUAAGAAACCAAAGAACACAUCGACUUUAACAGUCGAAGAUAAUAACGGUCCUGGGAUUGAUCUUCAGCUCGCCAGCCCGUUCUUCCGCAACCUACCUAUUGAAAUCAGACGGAUGAUAUACGAGCUUGUCUGGUGUGGACCUUAUGGUCACAGAUAUCACACGCUCCGUGGAAGACAUAUGCACUUUGUGAACGGCCACUGGGUCAACAUGAGAUGCGUCAUGUAUAAAGCCGACGAGGAUCCAGAUCUCAUCCAGAAGAACAUGGACAUAGCCCAUUACUCGGGCGGAGGAAACUUAUUACUGUGGCAAAGGAGACUGGCGUCGACUUGGGGCAGUCGCCACUGGAGAUGUGAGGAAAGAGUCCAAUGCGGUACGCAAAAGUCCGUAGAUGGUACAAAUUUCAUGUCCAUGAUGCUCGUUUGUAAACGGAUGUUUCCCGAGGUUAUGGAGUCGAUACUCGAAUCGCACCAGUUCUUAUUCAACGACUUUUUCUCGGCACACAGAUUUUUCGCCUAUAACCCUUCACCAUAUAUCACACGUAUCCGCCACCUUGACUUAUCACUCAGCCUUCCCUUUCACGAGUACGCCCCGUUUAUCGUUGACGGGUCUAAGAGCAGAGUUCGAGAGUUGUGGGAAUCUCUGUCGCGUAUCUCAUGUCUGCAUAGUCUGCGCAUAUCUUUAGACAUAUACGAUCAUGGCCCGUGGCGGAAAAUUCCCGAGCAAAGCGUCACUGCUCAACUAAAAGAUCUCAAAGUGUUGGGGAACUUUACCCUCGAGCUACCACCCUCCCUGCCUAUAAAGACACACGUCCCCAACAUGAAAAAUCUUGAUUCCAACGAGGAUCUACCGUUCAAAAUAGUACGCCGUCCUCCUUUAAGGUAUUGGCAGUUUACCCCUGGCGAGGUGGAGCGGUUCGCGUGGGAGACGCAUAAGAAAGGCCAGCAGAACCACUGUUUUAUUACCCUUGAUAGGGCAGCUAGGCGUAUCCCCAAUCCUUAUUUGUUGGACUUAUUCUAA